AUGCCUCCCAAGCGCAUGACCGCGAACCCCAGGGCAGCGCCUCGUUAUCGACCAGGCAAAGCCGUCGCCGAAGAGCCCUCAUCAUCAGAAUCCGAGAGCGAUGGCGAAGAAGCGCAAGCCGCCAAACCAAUUCCAGCACCGCCGAAAGCAAGUACAGCAAGCGGCAUUGCAAGCAAUCUAAGCAAGGUCGAUUUGAAUGAGCGGCGGAAACAGGCUGCUGCGAAAGAGGCGGCUAGGAUAGAGGAGGGGAGGGCUUUGAAAGCGGCAGAGGAAGAAGGAUUUGUGACGGAGGAAGAGAGUGAAGAGGAAUCGGGCAGUGAGGAGGAAAGUGGAAGUGAAGAGGAAGAGAGCAGCGAGGAGGAGGCGCCAAGACGGGUGUUGAUGCGUCCGACUUUUAUCAAGAAGGAUAAGAGGGAUAAAUUGAGUGGAGCGGAUGCUAGUAAGAAGGACGAUGAGAAGACGGAGGAGGAGUUGAUAAGGGAAGAAGAGGAGAGGAGGAGGAAAGCCGCGGAUGAGAUUGUCGAGGAGCAGAUUCGGAAGGAUGUUGCGGCUAAGGCGGCGGGGAAGAAGAAUUGGGAUGAUGACGAGGAGGGCGAUGAGGUGGAUGAUGUGGAUGAUGUUGAUCCAGAGGCUGAGUACGCUGCAUGGAAAUUACGGGAGCUAAAACGGAUCAAGAGAGAGAGGGAAGCUAUUGAGGAACGGGAAAAGGAACUCGAGGAAAUUGAGAGAAGGAAAAAUCUUACGGGAGAAGAGCGGAAGAGGGAAGAUGAUGAGUUCAUUGCAAAGCAAAAAGAGGAGAAGGAAGGGAAGGGCAAAAUGGGGUUCAUGCAGAAGUACUAUCACAAAGGUGCUUUCUUUCAGGACGAUGCUAAAGCGGAGGGUCUGGAUCGGAGAGAAAUUAUGGGCUCGAGAUUCGCCGAUGAUGUUAAUCGCGAAUUAUUGCCACAAGCUUUACAGAUGAGGGAUAUGACGAAAAUCGGGAAGAAGGGUGCUACGAAGUACAAGGAUCUCAAGUCUGAAGAUACAGGUCGUUGGGGUCAGUUUGACGAUAAACAUCGAAAGGGAACUGGAGGCUUUAACAACGACGAACGAUUCAUGCCGGAUAGAGACCGUGAUCGUGGAGGGGCAAGUGGUGCGAAUAGCAUGCCCGUUGCUGAUCGGAAGAAAGCUACUGGAGCCCCUGAAGGACCAAGGGCAAUGCGGGAAGGGGGUGAGCGGUCAAGAGAUAGUGGCGAUACAGAACGGUCACGAUCAAGAUCACCGAGACGGGACAGGGAUAGGGAUGACCGAAAUCGUCGGAAACGGAGUACUUCAAGGGAUUUGGACCGUUAUGAAAGCGACAAGCGCCGAAGAGUAGACUCAAGGUAG